UUGAUGAAAUGCUGGGAUAUCGUGGUCAUGUAUCCACUCCUCACUCGGCCUCCGUCGCCAUCAGGCUGCCUGUCACAGCCUCCCAUCAGAACAGGGAAUACAAAUUACCACUUAUGGUUAUCAGGAGUCCUAAGUAUAUAUUUUAUCAUCACUAGAUGCGAACAAGUUUCCUACUAUUGUGAAAUUUUGCUGAUAAAAAGUCACUAUUUGCUGAAUCAGAAACGUGUUAGGGUAACGUAUAUGAAUUGACGUUCACCACUUCUUUAUGAGAAGUGUGUGAACAAGGGAGAACAAGAACUUCUUUAUGAGAAGUGUGUGAACAAGGGAGAACAAGCACUUCUUUAUGAGAAGUGUGUGAACAAGGGAGAACAAGAACUUCUUUAUGAGAAGUGUGUGAACAAGGGAGAACAAGAACUUCUUUACUUGUGUGUGUGUGGAGCACCAGCAGAGUGUUAAUCUUCGGUCACUACAUAUCAUGGCACAAUUGGUCAGCAAGAAGGGAGACGAGGAGGAGGAGGAGGAGUUCCUGCGGCAGAAGAUGACGUGCUACUGGCAGGCGUACAACCCGACCCUAGAGUCCAUGAUGCUCUCCCAAGACGCUAAGUACCUCGCCCAGAACGAACAGAACGAGGUCCUCUCCUACCUUCCUGACUAUCACGGCAAGAACGUCCUCGAACUGGGAGCAGGUAUUGGGAGGUUCACGGCCAGCCUGGCGACGGUGGCAGGUCACGUGACCGCGGUGGACUUCAUGGAACAAUAUAUCGCUGAGAACCGGAAGCAGAACCAACACCUGGAUAAUGUUAUCUUCAGGUGUGAUGACGUCACUAAGCUGGACUUCCCUGCCGGGUCGUUCGACUUAGUCUUCAGCAACUGGCUCUUCAUGUACCUGAGUGACGUAGAGAGCUCUCGGGUGUUCAGGAAAAUCCUCUCUUGGCUCACCCCUGGAGGACACUUCUUCCUCAGAGAGUCCUGCUACCACCAAUCAGGUAAUAUAAAGCGCAAGGAGAACCCCACACUCUACCGCACGCCGCUUCAGUACUUUAGUAUGUUGCAAGAUGUUUCCAGUGACAACAUAGGCUACAAGAUCAUUAGAGGCAAGAAUAUCCUCGCGUAUGUCCAAUAUCACGGAAACCCCAACCAACUGUGCUUCCUGGUCAGGCGGGUGGAGAACAAGGGCCUCGACCCCCAGACGCAGUACCUCGAAUCUCACUUUGCUGUCGAAAGUAUCAAAUCCAGGGAGAGAAUAUAUGGAUACAACUGGUUCUCAACCGGAGGAGAAUACACCACCAGGGACUUGUGCGCUGGUCUUGGACUGAGGCCAGGAUGGAGGGUGCUGGACGUGGGGUGUGGGACGGGCGGGUCGGCCUUCUUCAUGGCUAGACACUAUGGCGUCCACGUCCACGGCGUCGACCUAUCCUCCAACAUGAUUCAUCUGGGCAUUGAGAGACAAGGCAAACUCGAACCGGAGGUCAGGAAAAAGAUUCAGUUUGAGAUCAGCGAUAUUCUCCAGGUAGAGUAUGAAGCUGACUCCUAUGACCUGGUAUACAGCAGAGACAGUAUACUCUACAUCGCCGACAAGCUGGCACUCUUUAAAAAGCUUUACCGAUGGUUGAAGCCGGGAGGGACCCUCUUCAUCACUGACUUCUACACGGCCAGCUCACACCCUCCCUACACCUUCCUCCACCAUGUCAACAAUGUCAAGUAUUACUCCCUCUUGACGGGCAAGUCAUACGGCGAGACGCUCGGAGAGGCAGGCUUCGUGGACGUGAGGUUUCAGGACCUGGGGCACGAAUUGAUCAAGAUUCUCGGGACAGAACUGGACGCCUUUACCGCCACGCGCGAGGCUUUCGUCAAGGACUUCUCCCAAGAGGUGUUCGAUGAUAUCUCUGCAAGUUGGAGAGACAAGAUCCACUGGGCUCGCGAGGGUCAGCUAUCGUGGGGCGCCUUCAAGGCCCGCAAGGUGGCCCCGGGCCACGACCAAUCACCUACCAGCUAGUUUAGCAGCGAACACCCGACGCCUCCUCAACGUUGCUUUCAUCAUUGUUUGAGGCAUGGAUAAGCCUAAUACGCCUCCUGUCCCCGACAACGGAUUCAUACACCAAGAAUAUACUUUUCGGUGUAUGUAUGUAUGUAUGUAUGUAUGUAUGUAUGUAUGUAUGUAUGUAUGUAUGUAUGUAUGCAUGUAUAUAUGUAUGCAUGUGAGUUACGUAAAUGAGUCAAGCCUCAUAUAUUAAUUUGUUACCUUUCACAUGAAAUAAAAUCGAAUUAUUAAUAAAU